AUGACUGCAUCAACACUGCUGUUGGAAGGGGUGGAUGAAGAAUUUGGGCUAGCUGAAUGGAAAACAAAAGUUUCCACAAAACAGCUCUGGCAUGAGCAACUGGGACACCCAGGUCAAGAUAAGUCCAGGGCAAUCAUCAACAAAUUGAGAGGUGAACCUGUAGAAGCAUUGGACCCAAACACAGCUCUGACAUGUGAGCCAUGUAUACAAUCCAAGAGUAUGGUCGCCAGGAUGGGGCAAGGUAGCGGCGAAAGAGCUGCAGGGCCCCUGGAUCUCGUCCAUAUCGAUCUAAUCAUUGAUUCAUCCCAUGUGACAGAGUACACAUGCAUAUUAGUACUGGUCGAUGACUAUAGCAAAACAUUGAAAGCAAUUCGGUCUGAUCAAGGGACCGAAUGGAGGAGCAACAAGGCACUGGAAUGGACACUUGGGAAAGGGAUAGAAUGGCAGACCACCGUGGGAUACAAUAGCAGACAAAAUGGACAAGUGGAACAAAUGAACAGGAGUUUAGGUGAAAAGAUGCGGACAUUACUGAUACAGAGAAACCUACCAAAGGUCUUUUGGCCAUAUGCAAUCUGGGCAGCGGCUUUCAAGGUGAACCUAACUCCUAAUGUUGAUGGAGAAUUCCCUUACCAGCUAAUGUUCAGAAAGUUGCCAGAAUGUUUCAUACAUCUCAUGCAUGUAUUUGGAUGUUUGGCUUGGGUAAAUGUCCCAAAAGCCAAGAGACACAACAAGAAAUUGGAUCAGAGAGCAGUCCCAGCCAUAUUCAUAGGAUACAGCUUGGAGAGAAAGGGAUGGCUGUUCUACAGCCCUGGUUACAGCCCAAACAUCUUCUGGAGCAACUCAGCCAAGUUCAUGGAAACUCAAUGUUGGUCAGACCAAACAGAAUGGAAGCCAGUGAACAUUCAACCACCUCCAAUUCUGAACAAUGAGGAGGACCUAGCUAACUUGGGGUACAUGGAGGAGGACCUCUUUAACAAGGAUGAUCAAGAUCCCUUGAGUGAAUACAUGAGCAUGGAGACAAUCUUGGGGGAAGGGGAGCACAAGGAGCCGAGAUAUGAAGCACAAAAUUCUUUUGGGCUAGUAAUGACAGGGUUUAAGAAGGAGGAAAGGAAUCUCAACCCAACCAUUUGGGAGGCACUGGCUGGAGAGGACAAGAGGUUCUGGGAGGAAGCAAUGUGCAAAGAGCUAAAAGGGCUAGAAGCAAUGAAUACAUGGGAGACCACUGACUUACCAUGUGAUACAAACACAGUCAACACGCAUUGGGUAUUGAAAAUUAAGAUGGACACAAAUCUGAUACCCACAAAGUACAAGGCGAGACUAGUAGCACAAGGGUUCACGCAAAGGAAGGGGAUAGAUUAUAUGGAAAUCUUUGCACCCGUGGCACCCAUUCAGUCAAUCAGGGGAGUACUAGCGAUUGCUGCCAUGCAGGACUGGGAGGUCGACUCAAUCGAUGUCAAGCAGGCUUACUUGAACUCCAGCCUACACCAUGAUGUCUACCUCAAGCCACCCAUCGGAAUGAAAGUGCUGCCAGGGAAGGUACUAAAGCUCAUGAAAGGGCUCUACAGUCUGAAACAAUCAGGCUGCGAGUGGAACAUAGAGUUAGACACACAAUUGCGAAAGAUCGGCUUUCACUGCAUGUCGAGCACCCCAUGCCUGUACUCGAGAGGGACAGACGAUUGA